CCCAGCACAGCCGGAACAAGCCAUCCCCAGACCACGGUGUGGGAGCCGACAGCUGAGAGCUGCCUUUCCAACCUGUUUUAGCCCUGCACCAAGCUGCCUCUGGGGAGCAAAUGGCUCAGCCCACCAGCACAAGGACCUGGGAAGGGAUGUGACCACAGAGGAACGCGAGAAAGAGAAAGAAAUGACGCAGGUUGAAACUGCAGAUUUGUCCCAGCAUGGAGACAUGCAGGAAGGAUGUGGCUUUCUCCAGCCAUGCCAUGCUGACUCUUUUGCUGCCAGCUGCUGACUUUGCUUCCCAGCGGUCGAUUGUGCCCUGCAGGUUGUGGCAUCAAAGGUACGGUGUUGGUGGAUUAUGACCGCAGGGAAGCCGUGGCUGUGCCCAGGAAGCUGCGUUGCAUCCGCAGAUCUCCUUCGUACAUCAAGGGCACCUUUGAGCAGGGCCAGAAAGUGACGUGUGCUGUGGGUGAAAGGGAUGGGAGGUGGACAUGAGACCAGUGGCCUGGGGAGUCUGAUGAUUCGCAGCAUCUUGGAAAGCAAGCCAUGAAAUGGUCACCAAAAUAAGUAGGAAUCUGUCCAAAUGCACAGGUUUUCAUGAAGAGCUGCUGUGGAGACCGAAGAGCUGGAGAGGACAGCGCAGAGGUUCGAAGGCACACCGUGAUGGUGGGAGCCAUUCCACGGCAGCCACGCCGCUUCUGGGGGGUGCCCGGCUGGCAGGUGUCUUCAGCUAGUUGUGCCAACGACUAUCCACUGCAGGACGGGGAGCCUAAUCUGGAGCCGUGUGGGGUUCUGCUGCAGAGGGAUGCUGCGCUGCAGCGCACUCCAUAACAGAGGGCUCACCCGGACGUCCUGAGCAAGGGGGGUCCAGCUCCCACCUACUGCCCUCACACAGUGACCCUGUGGCACUUUACUGUCCCUUCCCUGCUGCUGUAUGGGGCUGUUUUGACUCUGGCUCCACUUGGGGUCCAGCCAAGUAAGGCUCCAUGCGGCACAUCCACACGGAGGCGUCCCUGCCCCCAGAGCGCAGCACGGACUCUGGCCUGUCCCGGCCAGGUGGAGAGGCAGCCUUAGAGCCUUCCUCACAACGCUGCACUCGCCGCGGCAUCCUCAUGGGCUACAACGAGACAGAGAUCAAGCGCCAGAAGGUUUACCAGGUCUCUAUCUUCUCCCAUCUCUCCAGCUCUUCCGAGAGCACAGAGCAGCGGACAGGCAGCCGACCAGCUGUGAAGAGGGGGUACCCCGAGCAGCGAACUCCAGAGGGGGCACGCGAUCCCAAACGAACUCACUGGGGUGGCGGGGGGGCAGACGGCAAAUGGGACGGGGGUCCCGGGCACGGUUCCCUGGACGAUGACGAUGCCUUCGAGGAUGGUCUGCUGGUGGAGGAGCUAUCCCUGUGCGGCUCUGCGCAGCACUUCUCCCACAGCGGGCUGCGGGUGGUGGAGCACCGAUGUGAGGGCAGCCCAAGCCACAGUCCCAAGGCUAGCAGAGAAGACAGGUCGCAGGAUGCCUCAUCCUCCCGGCCACAGCACAUUGCUUGCAGUACUUUGCACACAGAAGACCAUUGCCCUGUCCCACCAGGGGAUCAGCCUGAAGACUAUGGGGAGAGGGCAAGUGGCCACAACGUACUUGAACUUGAUUUGCACAAUAUUGCACAAAUGCCCCGGGCAGACUCUGGGAAGAGAGAGAAGCCGAGGGACGGCCCUGCUCAUAGCAGCCAGGCUGGCAGAGAAGGGGAAUGGCCAGUGAUGGCCAACGGGUGCAAGGAGCCCCCAGCUCCUCAGACAGCACUCAGCCCCGAGCCCAGCAGCCUGAGCUCCUUGGAGAAGACACCCUGUGGGAGCAGUCGGCUCAGCGGGAGCAGCUGCCCAGCCAAACGGAAGCUGCUGCCUGCUGGAGAGGUUGCAGCUGACUCCUGCUCUGAGGACGAGAGCCUGUCCCCACCAGCGAGGAAGAAGAGGGCCCCGCCAUGUCAUCCAGUGCCCACGGCCUGCCGCAGCACUGAUGCCAAGGGGGCUCCUUUCUGGAAUCACCUGCUUCCAGCAGCCAAGAGCUCUGCAGAUUGCACUACAGUCGGGAGAAGGCUGAAGAGCGGGCUGCGCCUCAAAUCGCGACAUCUCCGGAGCAGCCUCCGGAGAGGGACCCGGCCCUCUGCAGCCCCCUGGACCACCACCACAGUCAGUCAUGCUCUGCUGGGCAACUUUGAGGAGUCCAUCCUGAAGGGGCGCUUUGCACCGUCAGGGAGGAUCGAGGGUUUCACAGCAGAGAUCGGAGCCAGCGGCUCCUACUGCCCCCAGCAUGCCACCCUGCCUGUCGACGUCACCUACUUCGACAUCUCUGAACACAGCGCGCCCUCGCCUUUUCUGGGAGUGAUUGACUUGGAGGCCUUGGGAAAGAAGGGUUACAGUGUCCCCAAAGCUGGAACCAUCCAAGUGACCUUAUUUAACCCCAACAAGACUGUGGUGAAGAUGUUCUUGGUGACGUACGACUUCCAGGACAUGCCAGCCAACCACAUGACCUUCCUACGCCACCGCAUCUUCUUGGUGCCCGUGGGAGAGGAGGAGGGGGCCGUCGUGGCCUCCAGCGACCCACCAGGCACCAGCCCACCCCGCAGGGUCCUCUGCUACCUGAUGCACCUGAGGUUUCACAGCUCCAAGUCGGGGAAGAUCUACCUUCAUGACGAUAUCCGGCUGCUCUUCUCCCGCAAGUCAAUCGAGGUCGACUCCGGGAUCCCCUAUGAACUGAAAUCCUUUACGGAGAUGCCAAGGAACCCUUGCUACUCACCGUGGGCCUAAGCACGGAGCCGCCUGACCUUCUCCGUUGCCUAGAGCCACUGGGGAGCAUCCAGCCCAGCACUUCAGAGAGAGAUGAGUAAAGGGCCAGAGAGCAGGCACCACCUUGAAAUAUCGCCCUCCCCGCAUGGCUGCGUCCUUCCAAGCAGCGUGGACAUCGUGGCUGUGCCCUAUGGCAGGGUUGGGAUCACCAAGGGGGCUUUGUAAGGAGGGGCAGGGGCUGGUGAGCAGCCCCUGCGCUCCCAAGACAUGCCCAGGUCUUUCACCAGUGCUGCUCCAAGCUCGGAGACGUGGCCAGGGUUGAGGGGGGAGUUAAGCCUGGAAGGGGGGCUCAGGGUGAGGCUGUCUAUGCCAGUCCCUGGGCUGGGGAGCAGAAACCGUAGAAGGGUUCAUAUUUAUUAGUAUUUAUUGUUGCUGGGAGUGUGGAGGAGACCUGUGCAGAGGAUCAGACGUGCUUUUCUUCCUCCGCAGCCCUCCUGGCCUUGCAGGCACUGGACGAGGUACCCAGGCAGCGGGCAGGCUGCGCUCAGCAGUGUGGGGCUGCAGGCAUUGAGGCAGGGCUGUGGGGACUGUGAGGGUCACCAGCAGCGAGGCACAUCUCGGGCUGUGGAAGGAGAGGGUGACCAACCUAUCAGAAGGAACAGGGCCCAGCUUCCCUGCGGGGCCUUUGUUAAAAGCCCUGGGAGAGGCUGAGAUUUCUGCUGGGCCUGCCCCUCUUCAGGCAGCUUGGGGAGGCCCUAGAGGGCAACCCCUCUAGGGCAAGGCAGGCCCCAAGAAGCCUGGGGCUGGCAGGGAAGUGGCUAUUGCUAUGGGCCCUGGGGUAAGAGAUAUGGCUGUAACACGAAGGGACAAGGAGCUGGGGGCUCUCUGGAAGAGCAGGGACUAGCCCUUCCCGCAAGAUUUGAGAGAAGGUGGAGAUCACCAAAAGAUCUUGGCCUUGUGCUGAUGUGGUAGGGUUGGGGUGAAUCCUGUUGCCUUUGGGGCAGCUGGGAACCUGCUUAGAGCAAGAACCUGUCACCACGUUGAUCAACUGAGAGUAGAGGGGGAGGAGGCCUGGCUUGAUCCUUAGGUAGGAUGGAGAAGAGAGGAAGCAGCAGAGAGAAUCGAGCAUCAGCUCUGGGCUGGAUGUGCAGAAAGGGAGCUGGAGAUUAUCCAGAGCGGUACCUUUUUCUGCCCCUAAGCCUCAAGAAAUGUGUGCAAGAACACGUCAAGCCCCGGGCAGGGGGGUCAGGGAGGCAAGAGAGGCAGGGUGCAAGACCGGAGCGUCCUUUGAGCGUGCCCUACUGACGCAGAGUCGCUGCUAGGCUUUUUCUGGAAGACCUGGUUGGGGGUGGGGGAGGCCCAGCCAGGAUCUCCAAGGAGGGAGGGAGGGAGGGAGCCCAGCCUGAGGAGGGCAGGAACACCAACGUCUGCCAGCAAGGGCCAGCACCCAGCUCCUUCCCCCGGCACCCCCAGGGGCGAGGACCACGGGGCAGGGGCUGGGAGGCAGGGAGG